GACGUGUUCCGACGCGCCACGUGACAUGAACAGGGGUUUGCUCGCCACGUGUCUGUGCAACAGAGCGGUGGGGUUUUCAUCUCGGGUUUAAAAUGCUGUGUUAGUUCGGUCCUCUGCCGGAGAAGGAUUCGGGUUUUACUGUUGUUGUUGUUGUUCUCCCGAGAGUGGGUUUUUUUUUGGGGGGGGGCGAGUGGGGGUACCUGCUAAGCUGACAAGGCAGUCACAUAAUUUGUGCCAGAGAGUAGGCUGCUGGAGUCCUGGCCAAUUCCAUCAUCGCUCGCUUUGAAGCUCAUCCAUUUGCCACAGACAUUUGGAUCUGUUCAAGACGAUGGGCAGGCCGCAUUACUUGGAAGAUGCAGCACGGCAGCUGGCAGACACUUGCCCUGCCCAAGCACGGUUUUUACUGUGGACACUCAGCAACAGAGAAGACAAAACCCAAGAUUCUGUGAACCAAGUGUGUCAUUACUGUUUCCAGUUUCUCCUUCCAGAUAAUGUUAGGGUACGUCUAAUGCCUAAAAAGAGGGUGACUCCACAGAUACAAAAACUACUUAAUCGGGAAGCAAAGGGCUACAAACUCAAUUUAAAACAAACAAAGCUUUUGAAGAAGUACAAGGAAGCAAAGAAUGUCCUGCUGGUUACCUGCAGUGCAUGUGGGAAAACAACAAGGCAUUCUGGGAAGAGUAGAGAAGGUUUGGGCAGAAAGGCAUCAGCUGGGAAGUCUUCAAACAAAACCACAUCUGUCACUCACCAUCAUUCUGGAUCCAACAGAGGGACACCCAAUUCCAGAACAUCAUCUGGUCAAUCAACACCUCGUUCUUCCUCCAGGACUCAGAGAAAUAUCAAAGACCACUUCGCACAGCUGAAAAAACUGCUUCAUCUUGAAGAAAAUAAGAAAAGUAAUAAGGGGGACCUCAAAAACUUCUUACUAUCACUUUAAUUUUUUUUAAAAUAAUUGAUGUAACAUAAUUGCAGCUAAUUAGAGGAAUGCAUCCCUUAA